CAAUCCGCGCCCACUUAUUAGCGUUAUUCGACUCGCCAAGUUUGCGCGCGGAAAUGACUGCUGCUACGACAAACUUGCCAUGGGUGGAGAAGUACAGACCGCAGAAACUGGACGACUUGAUCGCGCACGAAGACAUAAUCAGCACGAUUGGACGAUUCAUCAAAGAAGACAAACUACCGCACUUGCUAUUCUACGGACCUCCGGGGACGGGCAAAACAUCUACAAUACUUGCAUGCGCCCAGCAGAUCUACAGUCCCAGAGAAUUCACCUCCAAAGUGCUUGAGCUCAAUGCAUCAGAUGACAGAGGCAUCGGUAUUGUCCGUGGAGAGAUCUUGAGCUUUGCAAGCACAAAAACUAUAUUCAAUUCUGGCUUCAAGCUGAUUGUGCUUGAUGAAGCUGACGCAAUGACCAAUGAUGCACAGAAUGCAUUGCGUCGAGUGAUAGAGAAGUUUACUGAGAAUGCCCGGUUCUGCCUCAUCUGCAACUACCUAUCCAAGAUCAUACCAGCAUUGCAGUCACGAUGCACUCGGUUUCGAUUUGGGCCCCUCACAGCUGCCCAGAUGUCACCUCGUAUUGAUCACGUAAUCACCCAAGAAAGGCUGACUGUCACAGCUGAUGGCAAGAAAGCGCUUGUGGAUCUGGCUCAGGGUGACAUGAGGAAAGCAUUAAACAUUCUUCAGAGCACAAGCAUGGCCUUUGAUGAAGUGAAUGAGACAAACGUUUACCUAUGUGUGGGCCACCCACUCAAGGAAGACAUCAGUGACAUUGUCAGCACACUGCUCAAUGAGGACUUCGAAUACUCCUACAACCACAUCAACAAGCUAAAAGUGGGAAAAGGCUUGGCACUUCAAGACGUACUUACACAGGUCCAUCUGUACGUCCAUAGAAUUGAGCUCCAUGAUAAAGUGAAGAUGUACCUGAUUGACAAAAUGGCAGAAAUAGAAUAUCGACUUGCAUCGGGCACAAGUGAAAAGAUUCAGCUAAGUUCACUAAUCUCGGCAUUCCAGGUUGCCAGACAACUGACUACGUAAUAUACUAUAUUGUGUAAAACAACAAUAAAUGUGCUUCCAGUUUCUUCUGAAGAA